AUGAACAUCUUUAGUUCCACAGUGGUCUUUGAAAAGGUGCCGGUUACCAAAGGCAAAGAUAAAUCUCUUAUUCAGUGUAUGGAAUGUUCCUGUGAUAACUUCUACAUUGGAAGUAAAGAUGGAGUCAUCCAGCAUUUCAUUACAAGCUCAAAGAAUGGGAUCGGAGAACAUCAGACACUUCGAGAGGUAACGAAAAGACAGAUGGGCCGAGGUGGAGAAAUCAGCCAGCUGAAGGCAGUCCCAGUCCUGAACCACCUUCUUGUGCUUUGGGACAACUCCAUCACAGCGUUAAACAUGUUCUGCCUGGAGCCCAUAGCAGCCCUGAAGAAGAUCCAGAACAUUUCUUUGUUUUGCCUCGGUGAACCCGCAGUUCACACACAGCAGGUUUUCGUAGAGCUCUUCGCCGCCUCCACCAAAAGGAAAGCAGUGAGCAUAUACAAGGUGUGUGUGGACAGAUGGGAGUAUGUAGGGAACGUGGCUCUGACUCAGGACCCUGUGGCUUUGGCUGUGCAUGAGACUUGCUUGUGUGUGGCUACAAGUGACAGAUAUAUUCUCCAUGAUUACCAGACUCAGAGUGAGCUUGAGCUCUUCACACACAACCUGGGAAAGCAAAAUGUUCUCGCAAAGGGAAGUGUGAAAGGAGAGUUUCUUCUCAGCGGCCCAGGGAACUUGGGCAUGUUUGUGAUGAAUAGUGGUAUAUCCCAGCGCCCUCCUGUGCCAUGGCCUGAUACAGUGUUGGAUGCAGGAGUGCACUUCCCCUACGUGUUGGUGCUGCAGAAUAAAGUGCUCCAUGUGUACAGUAUGCUGGACCAGCAGCUAAAACAGACCAUUCUCUUCAAUAGUGGCAAAUCACUUCUCACAACCACAGACAGUGUGUUUGUAGUUGGCGACAGGGAGAUUCACCAGCUGUCACAAAGUCCACUGGAGGAUCAAAUCCAAAAGCUUAUUGGAUGUGAGCAUGUGAACGAAGCCCUCAUAUUGCUAGAUGGAGUCCAGUCUCUUCUGCCUGAAGACUCUUAUAAGAAUCUGCAUAAGAGUAUUGUUUGCACCUCUGGAUGGAUUCAUUUCUACAAAGAAGCUUUUCUUGAUGCCAAAGAACUUUUCAUGAAAGGUGACUUGGACCCAAGAGAACUCAUUAGCCUUUACCCAGGCAUGACUGUCAUCAGUGAAGACUUUAAACCUCAGCCUCCUACUGUGAUCAAUGCUAAAGACCUGAGGAAGCUAAAUAAUGAAGCCCAGCCAGAGUUUCUUAAGUAUUUGAGAUUCCUCUGCCUUUAUUUAAGAGAGAUCCGCAAGACUGAUCUGGGCCAAAUCUUCCCUCAGGAUAUCGAUACUGCCCUGUUUAAAGUGUACUUAGGGCUUGGAUAUUAUGAUAAGCUGAAUCAACUUGUGUCUUCUCGUAAUGAUUGUGUGCUAGAUGUGUGCGUGCCAGAUCUGGAGCAUCAUAAGAGAUUUUUCACGAUUGGACUGCUCUAUCAAAGCCAUGGUCAACAUUUCAAUGCAAUUCAGACUUGGGUGUGGAUGGUGGAUGAUGAGAGUGUGGACUCCUCUGAGCCAAGUGUUCUGCUGCACAUUGUAAAAACUCUCUCUCAGUUGAAAGAGAAAUCUAUCAUCAUGACAUUUAUAGACUGGGCUCUUCAAAAAGACCAAAAGGUUGGGGUAUUAAUCUUGACUGAGAGAGAUCCAGGUGACCAAAGCACGUUUGAACCACAAGAAGUGCUUUCCAUUUUAACAAACUACCCAAUUGCUUUAGUCUCCUAUUUGGAAUUUUUGGUCAAUGAACAGCAAAGUGAGAUGGAGAAACACCACACCUUGCUGGCCAACACGUACACCACUCAGAUCCUGCAUGCUGAACCACAGAUGCAGAAAUAUGAUAUAAAUAUGCAGAAAAUGAGGCAAAAACUGCAGGAGUUACUGUGGCAAUCCUGUUUCUAUGAUGCUGAUGCUGUAUAUGCCAAACUACAGUCAUCUGCUCUCCAUGUUGAGAAAGCGAUCUUGCUGGGGAGAGUUGGGGAACACAGAAAGGCCCUGCAGCUUCUUGUCGAUGAAGAACAAGAUGAAAAAGCUGCAGAAAAGUACUGCUGGAGGACCUCUGCUGGACGAGACAGGGAAUUCACACAGCAGCUCUUCAGCUGGCUGCUCCAGGCUUACCUCGAGCCUAGACCUCACGUGUCUGCAGCGUUGGAUCUCCUGAACCAAAAUGCAGUGGCUUUUAAUCUGCCCCGGGUUUUGGAAAUGCUUCCUGGCUCCUGGUCUCUGCAGCUGGUGAUGCGUUUCCUGUGCGAGUCACUGAGAGCAACGACACACAACAGGAGGAUGAGAGGCCUGGAGAAGAGCCUGGCCAUGGCGGACAACCUCAGACAGAGACACGCCUGGAUGAAAGCAACACAAGGAAUGGUCAGAAUGGAUAGAAGCCGGGUGUGUCAUUCUUGUCAGAGGCAGUUCACUGGGCCUGAAUUCCUGCGCAGGUCUACGGGGGAGCUUGUUCACAAACACUGCUACAGCACAAGCGACAGCCAAUGAACACUUCAAAUUGUCAAUUUUUAUCCUUUACUUAAC